AUGUCCUCAACCUUUGCGCCGCGCCGCUUCCCGCGCCGCCUCCGCACCGCGCUGACAGCCAACCGCCCUCUGUCGUCCAGCGCCUCGCCCUCGCGGCCGGGCGUCAUCUUCUCGGGCAUCCAGCCCACCGGCAUCCCGCACCUGGGCAACUACCUGGGCGCGCUGCAGCAAUGGGUCAAGCUGCAAAAUGACGCCGUCCCGAGCACCACCCUGAUUUUCUCCAUCGUCGACCUGCAUGCCAUCACCCUCCGCCAGGAUCCGAGGCAGUUGCGGCAAUGGCGCAAGGAAAUGCUUGCAGCCCUGCUGGCCGUCGGUCUUGACCCGAAACGCUCCAUCAUCUUCAACCAGUCUGCUGUCCCAGCCCAUUCGGAAUUGAUGUGGAUUCUCAGCUGUCAGGCCUCGAUGGGCUACCUGUCACGCAUGACCCAGUGGAAGAGCAAAUCCUCGGCCGAAAAAGAACCCAAACUCGGCCUGUUCUCCUACCCGGUGCUCCAAGCCGCCGACAUCCUCGUCCACCGCGCCACCCACGUCCCCGUCGGCGAAGACCAAGCCCAGCACCUCGAGUUCGCGCGCGAGUGCGCCGGCUCCUUCAACCACGCCGUCGCCCACGGCCGCACCGUGCUCGUCCCGCCCGGCACCAUCCUCUCGCCCGCCCGCCGCGUCAUGAGCCUCGCCGCGCCGACCAAGAAGAUGUCCAAGAGCGACCCCAACCCCAAGAGCCGCAUCCUCAUCACCGACGACAGGGACGCGAUCGCGAAGAAGCUCAGGGCCGCGGUGACGGACAGCGUCGACGGCGUGUCGUACGACCCCGAGACCCGGCCCGGCGUGUCCAACUUGGUCGAGAUCAUGUUUCAUCUCGGCGCGGGGGGCGAUGGGGUGGAUUGCGAUGGGUUGGCGAGGGAGUGCGAGGGGUUGAGCAUGAGGGCGCUCAAGGAACGGGCGGUGGAGGUGGUGGAUGCGCGCUUGGCGCCCGUCAGGGAGCGGUAUCGGGAGCUGAUCCUGGACGAGGCCGCGUUGGACGAGGUUGGAGAAGAGGGCGCGAGGAAGGCGAGGGAGAGCGCGGAGAGGACGAUGAGGAUGGUGAGGGAUGCUGUGGGGUUCUGA